UAUGUUCGAAAACAAAAAUCUUUUUAAUUUUUAAGAAACCCUUUAAUAUCGAAAAUUGUCUUUUAUGUGCUAUGAUUGUAAAUAGUUUGCCUGAUAUGGACGGUGAUUUGGUCGAAAGUACCGUCCGCCAACAUUCAAAUGCACCACUUCCACUUACAUCUGCUGCACGACCUCCUACAUCUUUGCUUUUCUCACGUGGUAAUUUGAUCAGCAGCCGUGCAGGAAGUGACAGACCUGCGACAACACGUCCAUCUACUGCUGUCCGCGGCAUUGGUUACGUACCUAAUUCAACAGGAUCGGCCGGACAACGUUUUGAUCAACUAUUUUCAGAAAAGGCUAAACAGCAGGCACUGUCAUCUGCGAACGCAAAUUGGGAUGCAGAAAAGGAAGUCAACCCUCAAAUAAAGUUUAAAACUCUAGAGAUGAAAAUCGUGAAGCUGCUCGAGCAAUCUAUUCAAUUGUCAGCACGAACGUCCACAAUAAAUUCAGCGAUAAAUUCCAAUGUCAAAACGGGUUCCACAGAAUUAAAGACAGCUUUAACAGACGCGCUUAACAAGUCCAAGGAAGCGUUUUCGCUGGACCGCACAUUGCAUCAAUUUCGAGCUCAAUAUGGAGAAAAUAUAUACCACAAUUUUGAUUUAACCUACGCA